AGAGCAGAGCAGGGCUAAAACCCUAAUCAUUUAUAUAGUUUCCAACACACGAACUCACAGGUUUCGCUGUCUGCCCUCGGACUUGAGUCAUCUCCUUCCUCCUUUCCUCUCUCCAGCCGCUUCAAGGAAGACCAACCAAGGAAUCUUCCUUUCUGGGCUCCAGAUUUCGCGGUUAAUCGCCCUUUUAUUGGAGAAAGGAAUUGAACUUUGAAGCAUGGAUGUUGAGAGCCUGGCGUUGAUCUUGCAGGGUGCGUUAAGCCCCAAUACUGCUGAGAGGGAAGCAGCAGAGAGGAGCCUCAAUCAGAUUGAGCAUGCUCCAGGGCAUUUGGUGAGGUUGUUGCAGAUCAUAGUGCAGAAGAAUCUCGAUAUGGCGGUCAGACAAGUGGCCAGUAUUUCUUUCAAAAACUUCAUUGCAAAAAAUUGGGCCCCUCAUGAUCCUGAUGAGCAGUCGAAGAUCUCACCUGUUGACAAGGAAAUGGUGAGAGAACAGAUUCUUAUUUUCAUUACCCAAGUUCCCCCACCUAUAAGGUCACAACUUGGUGAAUGCUUGAAGACGAUUACGCAUGCGGAUUAUCCUGAGCAAUGGCCAGCUCUUUUGCAAUGGAUAAAGCAUAAUCUGCAGGGUCAACAACAAGAAGUUUAUGGAGCUUUAUUUGUGCUCAGGAUUCUUUCAAGAAAAUACGAAUUCAAGUCAGAUGAGGAGAGGAUACCUGUUCAUCACAUUGUUGAAGAGACAUUUCCUCAUCUGAUUAACAUUUUUGACCAGCUUGCUCAAGUUGCUAACCCUUCGGUUGAAGUAGCUGAUUUGAUCAAGUUGAUUUGCAAAAUAUUUUGGUCAUGCAUCUAUUUGGAAAUUCCAAGGCAGUUGUUUGAUCCAGUUUUAUUCAAUGCCUGGAUGGUUCGUUUUUUAAAUUUGUUGGAGAGGCCCGUUCCUGUUGAAGGACAGCCUGUUGAUCCUGAGCUGAGAAAAUCAUGGGGAUGGUGGAAAGUAAAGAAGUGGACAGUCCACAUAUUAAAUCGCCUUUACACUAGGUUUGGGGAUGUGAAACUUCGAAACCAAGAAAACAAAGCUUUUGCUCAAAUGUUCCAGAGAAAUUAUGCAGGGAAGAUUUUGGAAUGUCAUUUAAAUUUGCUGAAUGCCGUACGUGUUGGGGAAUAUUUGCCAGACAGAGUCAUCAAUCUUAUUUUGCAAUACCUGAGCAAUAGUAUCUCAAAGAAAAACAUGUUUAGUCAAUUACAACCAAAGCUUGAUAUUGUUCUCUUUGAGAUCAUCUUUCCGCUUAUGUGCUUCAAUGACAAUGACCAAAGGCUCUGGGAGGAAGAUCCAUACGAAUAUGUGAGGAAGGGAUAUGACAUAAUUGAGGAUCUAUACAGUCCUAGAACCGCUGCAUUGGAUUUUGUGAGUGAGUUGGUUAGGAAACGUGGAAAGGAGAACCUUCAAAAGUUCUUGCUAUUUAUUGUAAAUGUUUUCAAGAGAUAUGAUGAGGCUGCUCCGGAAUACAAGCCUUACAGGCAGAAAGAUGGUGCCCUUCUUGCCAUUGGAGCAUUGUGUGAUAAACUUAAGCAAACCGAACCUUACAAAUCUCAACUUGAGCUUAUGCUUGUACAGCAUGUGUUCCCGGAGUUCAACAGUCCUGUGGGACAUCUCAGAGCUAAGGCAGCAUGGGUUGCUGGGCAAUAUGCACACAUUAAUUUUUCAGAUCCAAAUAAUUUCCGAAGAGCAUUACACAGCGUUGUUGCUGGGAUGCGCGACCUGGAUCUUCCAGUUCGUGUAGAUUCUGUCUUUGCAUUGCGAUCUUUUGUGGAAGCUUGCAAUGAUUUGGGUGAAAUUCGGCCUAUUCUUCCUCAGUUACUUGACGAGUUCUUCAAACUAAUGAAUGAGGUUGAGAAUGAAGAUCUAGUAUUCACCCUUGAAACAAUCGUGGACAAGUUUGGUGAAGAGAUGGCUCCUUAUGCUCUUGGAUUAUGCCAAAAUUUGGCUAAUGCAUUUUGGAAGUGCUUGAGUUCUGCUGAAGCAGAUGAGGACGGUGAUGAUCCAGGUGCUUUGGCAGCUGUUGGUUGUCUGCGUGCUACAAGCACGAUUCUGGAGUCAGUCAGUAGGCUUCCUCAUCUCUUUAUUCACAUCGAGCCAACUUUGUUACCAAUAAUGCAGAAGAUGCUUACGACUGACGGACAAGAGGUAUUCGAGGAAGUUUUGGAGAUUGUCUCUUACAUGACCUUCUUUGCGCCUACUAUAUCACUGGAGAUGUGGAGUCUUUGGCCAUUAAUGAUGAAUGCCCUGGCUGACUGGGCCAUCGACUUUUUCCCAAAUAUCUUGGUACCGUUAGAUAACUACAUUUCCAGAAGCACUGCACACUUUUUGACAUGCAAGGAACCGGAUUACCAGCAAAGCCUCUGGAACAUGAUUUCAUCUGUCAUGGGUGAUAAAAAUUUGGAGGACGGUGAUAUUGUGCCAGCACCUAAGCUGAUCCAGGUUUUGUUUCAAAACUGCAAAGGACAGGUUGAUCAUUGGGUUGAGCCUUACUUAAGAAUCACCAUUGAGCGUUUGCGUCGUGCUGAGAAGCCUUAUUUAAAAUGCCUCUUAAUUGAAGUGGUUGCUGAUGCACUGUAUUAUAAUGCACCGUUGACGCUCAACAUACUGCAAAAACUUAAUGUUGCAACAGAGGUUUUCAACCUUUGGUUCCAAAUGUUAAAACAGUUUAAAAAAAGUGGAGCCCUCGCUAAUUUUAAAAGGGAACAUGAGAAAAAGGUGUGCUGUCUGGGAUUAACAGCCUUGAUCCCUCUCCCUGCUGAUCAGUUGCCCGUAGAAGCACUGGAGCGUGUUUUCAAAUCUACGCUUGAUCUGCUUGUUGCAUAUAAGGAACAAGUGGCAGAGUCUGCAAAGGCGGAGGAAGAGGAAGAAGAGGAGGAUGGUGAAGAUGACGACGAAAUGGGUACUUUUCAAAGUGAUGAUGACGAUGAUGGUGAUGGCUCUGAUGAUGAGAUGGGGGUUGAUGCUGAAGAUGGUGAUGAAGCUAACAGUGCUAAACUUCAGAAAUUAGCUGCUCAGGCCAAGGCUUUCCGUAGUGCUGAAUCGGAUGACGACGACUCAGAUGAUGGUUUCAGUGAUGAUGAAGAGUUGCAAUCCCCCAUUGAUGAUGUCGACCCUUUCAUUUUCUUCGUGGACACUGCGAAUGCUCUGAAAGUAUCAGACUCUUUGCGGUUCCAGAGCCUUAUGAACACGCUCGAUUUUCACUAUCACGCGCUUGCAAAUGGGAUUGCUCAGCACGCUGAGGCAAGAAAAGUAGAGAUUGAAAAGGAAAAGAUGGCGAAAGUGACAGAAACCCUCGCAGCUGCCUCGUGAUACAAACUAUCAAGUUGUCGGUAAUACAUCUGAAUUCUUUUGUUAGUCGUUAAAAAGAACGAAGAGUGAGAGUCUGGAUUGAGCCCUUGGCUCGUCUUUGUUGGCAAAAUCGGCUUGCAAUUAGGGACUCGAGUUUUGAGUCUCGAGAGAUGAUGUUGGUUUUCGACGAAUUGGUUCUUCUACAUAAGAGGAAGCUAAUUCUGCAGUCGUCUGUCCAUUCGUCAUUGCAGGGGUCCUGCAUUUGUAUAAUUUUUUCAUACUCUGUUGUUCUUGUGUCAUUUAUUCGGCAGGCAGGCAGGCGGAUGGAUAAAGAAAUGCAUUUGUAAAAGGAUCGAUAAUGCAUGUUAGGAGUCGGAGUCGCGAUAGGCGCUCGCUCGACGUCGUCGUUGAAACAUUUUUGGUUUUGAUGUCUGCGAUGAAUGUUUUAUCACUUUGGGAGGAAUGGUCUGGUCUGGUCUGGUCUGUCCAUCCAUGGCUACUCUGAUUUUUUGGUUUUUCGGAUUUGUCCCGGCAAGUUUGGAAAUAAAUAUUAUGAUCAAUGCUUUAUGA